AGAAGGGUUGGUCCUGCUUUGGUCCACCUGCCAGCGGAGUUUAAAGUUUCCGAGGCUCAGAGGAACACAAUGACUUGGAUCAAACAGCCUAAAUGGGAAGAAGGACAUUUUUGCUGCAUCAAGGAAGCCGUUAAACUCCUGCUAAGCUAACUAGCUCUUUUUUAUGCGUCCAUUCACACGACCGAACUCCUCUUUCACUGACCAGAGAUUAUUUCUGACAAUCCAGGAUAUACCGAAAGCUUGGAGACAUAUGGCUGGAAAAUGAAACGACCCAGGACAUCGUUUCUGGCUGCAUCAUUAUUUUGUGUCACGUAGUACCAGAUGGGCAGUCAGUGAGCAGCGCAGGGAUGUGAGCGGACGGUUUUAUAAUGUGAAAAUUUUCCCUUGGUAAACCUAAAACAGAUUUCAUUUCCCUCUCUUUUCUUUCACGACUUUCCCCUCUUUAUUCCCCCUCUCUCUGCAAUAUCAGUGAACUCAACUUUGCAGUGAGGUGGACAAAAAGAGAGAGAAUGAGGCGACCUUGAUCAUCUUAGUGUCGGAGGAGUCGCAGCGGACUGGGAACUGCAGCUGCGACCCCCCGCGUCCUGUGCGGAUUUCAGGGCUGAUACCGCGUAGACGGUUAUGGAAAGAACGGUACACCGGGCACGCGGAGGAUAGAGACCCUGGCGCCCGGAGAGGUCUGCUGAUUUCGCAGCAGCCUUCGAAGCCGUGGCUGCCUCUCAUCUGCGGCGUUUUAUUACCAUUAUCGCCGUUCCCGAAAAGUCAUGGAAGACGGCCCGCUGCCAGACCUCAGAGACAUCGAGCUGAAGCUGGGGCGCAAAGUACCCGAGAGUCUAGUGCGCUCUCUCCGUGGGGAGGAGCCGGUUCCCAGGGAAAGGGACAGGGACCCCUGCGGAGGGAGCGGUGGUGGCGGCGACGGCGGCUGCAGUAGCAGCAGCAGCUACUGCAGCUUCCCUCCCUCCUUGUCGUCCUCCUCUUCGUCCUCCCCAACCUCUGGCUCCCCACGAGGUAGCCACUCUAGCGCCCUGGAGAGGCUAGAAACCAAGCUUCACCUCCUCAGGCAAGAGAUGGUUAACCUCAGAGCCACAGACGUCAGGCUCAUGCGCCAGUUGCUUGUAAUCAAUGAGAGCAUCGAGUCCAUCAAGUGGAUGAUCGAAGAGAAAGCCACCAUUACCAGCAGAGGCAGCAGCCUCAGUGGCAGCCUGUGCAGUUUGUUGGAGAGUCAGAGCACCUCCUUACGCGGCAGCUACAGCAGCCUACACGAUGGCAGUGAUGGGCUGGACGGCAUUUCCGUGGGAAGUUAUCUGGACACGUUGGCAGAUGAUGUCCCAGGCCAUCAGACCCCUUCAGACUUGGACCAAUUCAGUGACAGCUCCCUAAGAGAGGACUCACAGGCACUACACAAGCGUCGUAAAUUGGACUCUGAAUACUACUGCUUUGGCUAGUGACACAGUUUUUUGCAUGGGACUGGUGCGCAAUUAACUUGUAUUUAUCCUUCUUCGCCGCUGCUAUAUUUUUGGUGUGAUUUUUAUUUUAAUAAGAUGGCCUUUUUAAAAGAAGCUGAUUUUGAAACUGCUUAAUGGUAUUUCUGUUGCUCCUAAUACUUCACAUCUAAACUGAUUUAUUUUUCUCUGUUACAUCUCUAUUUUUUAUUUAUUACAAUGAUUUUCUCCCUUCUACAGUAGCACAAACAAAGUAGGGGGAAAAGAAUAAGCAAUAAUUAUGUUUUUGCUUUUGUUUUCAGAGCAAUGGGUCAGGGAUUACAAGAAUAACUUUGCUAAAUUUUACAAUAAACCAAAGUCUGAUAACAGUUAAUGUUGCUGCUUGUGUUCUUAAAUGACUUAAGGUUUCAUCUUCCAGAAGAUAUUGAGAUAUAUUACUGUUUGCAUAUCAGGUUGAACAAAAUGCUUGGAACAACAUUAAGCAUUAUUUCUAGGUCACAGCAUUCUAGUGUAUAAUCAACCAUACUGUUAGUCACACAUGCCCACAUGACAAUCAUCUGGAAGUCCCCAACUAUACACAAUCCGUUCAACCAACUCACCCUUGUGUUGGUACUUUGGAUUAACAUUUUGUCAUCAGUGAUUCUAAUUCAAAUCAUGUUUCUUUGUGUAAUAAAAUGUAUUAUUCUCCCAAAUUUCAAAGAAUAAUUGAGAUUAACUAUGGAGGCCAUUCAAGGCAAAAAUGUCCUAAAUUUAAUUGUAUUUUGAGAUUUUGUUGGUAUCUACUUGUAUGCAUUUUGCGAUUCUGAUAGGAUGUAUAAAUACUUAGAUGCCUACAAGCAGAUGGAUAGAAAGAUAGAUAAAUAUCCUGAUAGUAGGGAAGCAGAAUUGUUAUUCAUUUAAGAAGUCCAAUAUGAUACUCAUUCAUAUAAAUAAAUAAUCUCUAAGUUUUCUGAAAUGGAA